AACAAAACAAACACAAAAAAGCCACAGCCGUGAAAGCCACACACAAACAAAACAAACGAACACGCACCGCGACGCCACCCACCCACACAAAGUCAAGUGUAAUCAUUCCAAAACCUUCUCGCAUCAUCGCUCAUCACACCCCACCAAGAAGAAAGCAAAGCACAGCAACAAAAAGGCUGGCACAGCAGCGCGCUCACCCACACGACAACCAAACCUAACACGCGGCACCCCAGUCACAAUCACAUCACAAGGCGCGGCGCACGAAAAACACACCACUUUGCACGCGUCUGUGGUUGUUCUGACUGCGGCGUCUCGUUUUCACCCGUGUCAGCGCGGCAGCAGCAAGACACAAGCAAGCGACAACCACACCCACACACACACACACCGCGCAGAAGCCGCCCCAUACACACAUCGCGGCAGCGAACGUUUGACACCACCGGAGAUCAGCGUUUCAAACACCUGUUGACGCAAGCCAACGAAGCAACACGCAACAACAACAAGUGCCUGCAGGCAAUCGACGAUCGGGUGUUUCUCAAGCCUCCUUCACAGGUUGGUGACAUCAGCAUCACCGAUCUAUCGGCAUUUCCUCGCGUGCUUCCACGAACCUACUUCACUUCCUCCCUCCUGAGGUAUCAAAACCAUUUUCCACCUCGCUCCCAGCCUCGCCAUUGCUCGACCCCUCGAUUACCACCACAUUGCGCAGAGCAACACCACAUUGCGCAGAGCAGAGCAACACCACAUAUCGACUCGACCACCUCAACACCUCAACGCCUUCCACACCCCAAGACUUCCACACCUCCCACACCUCCCAUACCGCGAACAGCAACAGUCCACCGCAUCAGCACACGCCUGUCCCGUUGCCCCCAUCUUCGUUUUGAGGUGCAAUGUCCAUCUCGUGCGUCAUGGCACAGAACAACAAAGCAAGUGGGGCUUCGAGCCCGCGCAGCAGCCGCCGCAGCAGCGUCGCCGACGUGCUGUGCAUCGCAUGCUCUCAGUACGAGGGCGACCGCUCAAGCAUGGACAUUGGCAAGGUGGCCAUGGACAACCCAGCCGUCAUGGACUUUUGCACAAACGUCUGCUCAAAGAUCAUCGAGGCCAAGUCCCACCUGAGAGGCGCUACAAAGUCCAAGGACGAAGAAGUCACACAGGCAUACGUGCCCUGGCUCAAGACCCUCAAGACAGACGCCACAUCCGGUCCAGCAAACAAGAUGCUCACGGACACGGUGACGACGUUUUCCGCACUGAUGUGCCUCAAGCACUUGCUCAAACACAACGCCAGCACCAGCCCCAUCUUGAAGCGCUUGGGGCCGACCGCGAAACCUAAGAAGCAGCGUGCUUCAGUUUUGCCAGCAGGCACCACCGAAAAGCUGAUCAAGGACCUAUUUAUGAUCAAGCACUCUCGCAGCUGCACCGAGGCGGCGUGCUCGCUGCAGUUUUGCAAGGGAAUGAAGGAGUUUAUCCAAAAGGCCGAUGAUCUGAGCUGGGAGGAUGCAACAGACGAUUGCCUCUAUCUGAAACAGCUGGAGAAGCACAACGAGCGCUGCCACAGCGCCAUGUGCACUGUCUGCACAGCCGUGCGCAAGCGCCUCGAGACACAGCAGAAACUUGCUGCUGCUGAAGGCUUGGAGCAGUUGCGUGCAAGCACAGAAUCACUCGAUUCCCAUGCGUCCUCGUCCACACAGGCCAAGACCGCUCGUGCGAGACAGGCCCGCUCCGUCAGCAUGCCCCCGCGCCCAGACGCUGCGACAAUGCAGAUGAUGCAAGCUCAACAGUUUGCGCAGCAGCAGCAACAAAUGCAACAGCAGCAGUUCCAACAGUCCAUGGGCUAUCCCAUGAUGAUGUAUCCAAACUCGAUGUGGCAGAUGAUGCCCAUGCAGCAGUACCCGCAGCCAAUGCAGCAAAUGUUCGCCGCGCCAUCAGGACCCUACGGCUUUGUCCACCCCAUGAACUACCCGCUUGCACAGCAACAACAGCUGCUGCCUGGCUCCUCGCCAGCGAUCAACACAAUGGCCCCCGGGUCACCCAGCGUCAUGUCAACGGAUUCGCACCAGCCAGCCAUGACUACGGCCAUGACGAUGGCGACAACAAUGGGAUCUGCAACCCCGCCGUCGUUUGCAACAGCGCUGCGCCAGGGCCGCUUCAAGGCGCACUCCACCCCCGUCCCGCCAAACCUCAACGAGAUGGACGAGGACGACGACGACGACGACGAAGACGGGGAAGAGGAACAGGAGGAGUGAGCUGCUGUGGCCGUGAUGGUCGUGGUGCACAUGUCACGACGCCGCCACCAACAGUACUACAGUACUGUGUCCUCAACUCCUCCUUCAGUCCUUCCACCUCCCUCUUCCUCCUUGGCUGCGCGCUUGUUAUCUUUGCUGUGUAAAAUCGACCUGUACUUUUUUUUUUUUUCGUAUCUUGACCUACCUGCGUUGCUUCUGCCGUUGUGCACGCGUUUCUGUGCGUGCGUACAUGCAUAUGUGUGCAUGUGCAUUUGCAUGUGUAUGCGCACGUCCCCACCGCGGGACAUUCGCCAAAUGGUUCUCCUCCAAUUUCCUUUGCUCGCUUGCUCUCUCUCUUUUUGUUCUUCACUUACCCGUCUGUGGCGGACAGGUGUCUGCGUGCUUGCAUGCAUGCAACGCCUGUGUUGUAAAGAGAGCGAGUGUUGGAGCCAAGACAACUUAGUGCCACGACUGACAAGGAAGGUGCAGUUUGUUCUCAGUGUAGACGUGUGGGCAAUGCUGCUGUUUUGUUUCUGCCCAUCGCAUCGUGGUAGACUGAAAAUAAACGCCUUCGCUGUCG